UGGCUGGUGCUCAGUGCACAAGUCGGUGGCAAGGCGAACGGACCGGACCAACAGAGCCGCAAGCAUAACGCGCACUGCCGGAAAAUAAUAACAGAAAAACAAAAAUUUUAUAUAUUUCUAACUUUUUCUUUUGUAAUUGAAGAGAAAACAACAAUUACUUUGCAUAUACAUCCAUAUAAAGUGUAUUAUUGUAGGGGAGCAUCGCGCUAAAAAGUACAAAAAGCAAAACAGCAACGGUUCAAAGGCUCUUGUUUGUUUGUUUCGUCAAAGCUGGCUACCUCGUUUGCUCGACAGAAUGUGCCACAACAAAACUUGGCCAAGACAAGCUGAACAGGUUCAAAGAGUGUGUUCUAACUAAAGGCAAAAUAAGAUAUCCAUCCGAUAGGCGAAGGCUACGCAGGAGGAGCUCAGCAUGCAUCAGGUGCUCAGCUAUGAGACGGCUGUGCGGGCCAACAGCAGCUCGCGCGAAUAUGUGACGAAGCGCACCUGCGCCUCACUCCUGCUCACCAUUGGCUUCUUCAUGCUCAUCUCAGGCUAUUUGCUGGGCAAUUUCGUGACGGAGCGCAAGUAUCACAUACGCCAGCUGCUGACAAAAAAGUCAAUUAAGGCAGGCGAGGCCACCGGGGAGGACGGGGAGCGAUACGUGCAGCUGAAUGGCGUGGAUUAUGGCAAUCUGCAGGAACUACGCGCCUACCAGAAGCACAAGGACCAACUGCUGGCCGCAGCACAGGUGCUGAAUAAGCUGCUACAGCAGGACGAGAGCGAACGCUAUUUGGCCACGUCCCUGAACACGGAGAUCUUUAACAAGUACGUCAGCUGCACCCAGGAUAUACCGCCCAAUACGAACAUCAAGGCCAGCCAGUUCAUUGAGCAGCUGAUAGACAAUACUAUAGCCAGGCAAAGGGAUUGCAUGCGCAUCAUACAGGUGGUCAUCGACAAUCACCUGGCCAAUAGCCAGCUCUGAGUAAAGCUAACGGAAUGAACAGAACUUAGGGAACAACUGAAGCUGAUCAUUAUUGAAGCAGAAGGAAAUUGUUUUUGCAUAAUGUAGUGUGAAUUUUAUAAUUACGUAUGUAUUUGUGUGUGUGUGUGUGCAUAUGUGUAUGUGUGUGUAAAGAGUUUUCAUAUUGUAUUUUGAAAGCAAAUAAAGCAG